AUGCCUCAAGAUCUACCGCCCGUCGGGGGCUAUGAGCCGGUUCAGUAUAAGCGAAACUUGCCGGCGCGAGGCUUCCGUCCAUCAGUCAUGCUCGUCGCUAUGGCCGGCGUCAUGACAUUCGGCUUCUGGAAGGUCGGCAAGGGAAUUAGAGAGCAGAAUGAACUCGCACGCGAAAAGAUGUGGUCGAGAAUCCACCUCAUUCCUCUCCUGACGGCGGAAGAAGAUCGUGAUUUGGUGCGGAGGCAUUAUGCGGAUCAGGCGAGGGAGAAGGCGCUGCUGGGGAGUCAGACGAGUCCGUAUAACUCGGAUAGAUUCGUGAGACCUACAUUCGCUGUUACACCUAGUGAGAGGUCGAAGUAA